AGGAAAGGAAAGGAGAGGAGAGGAGAGGAGAGGAGAGGAGAGGAGAGGAGAACAGAGGAGAGGAGAGCAGAGGAGAGGAGAGCAGAGGAGACGAGAGGAGUCCACCAUGAGGCCUGGGAGUCGGGUCAGGGCUGCCAAAUGCCAGAUGCUGGCUACGAGCUUCUUCAUCUUGCUGUUGGGCUUCUCUGUGGCCACCAUGGCAGUUCUCAUGUACUGUGGAGAUCGUUUUGCCGUCAUGCACCACGUGUCCUUGGAGAAGAGCCCGUAUGAUGCUGUGCACCACUGGGUGUUCUCUGUGGGGAUCAGCCUGGCAGCUCUGUUGAUCCUGGGGGCUUCCCUGAGCACCACAGCUGCUGUGAAGGAGGCCCAAGGCCUCAUGGCUGGGGGCUUCCUGUGCUUCGUUCUGGUGUUCUGUGCCCUACUGCAGGUAGCCUAUUGGAAAUUCCACAGCCCCACCCAGGUAGAGGACGCCAUGUUGGACACCUAUGAUCUUGUGUAUGACCAAGCGGUGAAGAGCCCAUCUAGCAUUCACUGGCAGGAGCUGGUUGCCAUCCAGGACACAUUUCUGUGCUGUGGGAAAAGAUCUCCUUUCGGACUUCUAGAAAGCUCAGAAGCUGACCUGUGUCAGGGUGAAGAGGCUGCAAGAAAGGACUGCCUGCAGAGCAUCCAGAGCUUCCUGAGAGUACAACAAAACAUCGUCUCUAUGCUAACCAGUGCCGGCCUGGCCCUCACGGUAUAUGCCAUGCUGCUCAGCUCCUUCCUCUGGUUUGCCAUCCACUUUGGCUACAACUUGGACCGCAAAGGCACAUACACGGUGACUUCACGAACCCAUGGCUGCCAGCCCCAGGAGUCCAGCUUCUUCAGACGUUCUCAGGAAGGGACCUGUACCUCGACAUUCCUCUGAAGUGGAGACUGUUGCUGAUUAUUAGGACCUAGGUCCUUAGUGGCCCCAGGCUCUGUUCUGAUCUCCUGUCCUGCCAUUUGUCUGCCUAUGGAGCCAACCCUUGUGUGACUGAUCCUAAAGGGAGCUAUCCUCCACAUGGUGAGGCCUGGAGAAGGGGAAAAGACUCACCUCUGGGCCCUCUGCAGAGUAGGUGUCAGCCUAUAGGGAAUAGGGCAGGGUGAGGGAGACAGGCCAAAUAUCAGGGAACUCAGGGCAAGCACAGCACUGGUAAGGAUGCUGCCUGAUGACUGCCACCAUUUGUUCUUUGUGUUUUGUAACAAAUAGCACACAUGUGGUGGCUUAGCACUGCACCCAUUCACUCUGGUAUGGUUUCUGGGUCAGACUCCUGGUGGCUUGGGCAGGCUCUCUGCUCAUGAAGCGAAAACCAAGGGGACAGGAGGACUAGGCCUGAUCCAGAGGCUGCUGGGGGAAUGUCCUUCCAGGGUAUUAGAAGAAUACAAUUUCUUGGAGUUGAAGGCCUGAUGUCACUUGUUAUUUGCUGGCUGGAGCAAGGGUCUCUCUCUCUGCUUCUUGAAGUCACCCCAUUCUUCCUAUGUCCCUUCCAUCUUCAGACCAAGGUAGGCUGAAAUGUCCAUGUGGGAGGAUUUUCAUGGUUCAGAUUCUCUGACUUCUGCCAGCUGGAAAAGUUCUCUGCUUGUGAGGCCCCAUGAAAAGUUUGGCCCACUCAAAUAAUCUCCUUACUUUAUAUGGUGAUCAAAUACGCACAACCUAAAGUUUCCAUCAUAACCCAUUUUUAAGUGCACAGUUCAGGGCAUUAAGCACAUUCACAUUGUUGUACAACCACCACCACCAGCCAUCUCCAGAACUUACUCUUUUCCUUCAAAUCCUCCAAUGCUUCCUAGAGGCUAUCCUAUGAAUGGAAUCCUACAGGAUUUGUCCUUCUGUUGGCUGGCUUGUUUUGUUUACAUAAGGUUCUCCAGAGCCAUCCAAAUUGUAGCACAUGUCAGAACUUCCAAAAGACAAAUCUUCUCAGAUUUAUAGUGGCCUCACAGUCACUUAUUCCAAGAGCUUAAGGCUGGACAUGGAACAGUCAGGGACUGAGAAAUCCUAUCUCUUACAGCACUGUCUCUGGGCAAUCAGGCCAUUUCAAUGAUGAACCAUCUAGCUGUCUCUGAAUGUUUGCAUAAUUUCCUCAAACUCGUAAGGGCUAGAGAUAUCAUGUUGGCCCAGCCCAGACUGAGGUCCCAGGGAAACUCACAAGAACUUCCACAGAUAUGAACUGUGUUCCAACCCGACCAACCAAGGGAUAAGGGAGGCUCUCAAACUAAGAACUAUCAUAUGAUGGGCAGCCACAAAGUGACAAAGGCCCACUACGCCACCUUUGUUCUCCUGCUGACACAUACAUCCUUCCUCCCUUCUUGAUUCCUCCUAUAGAAAGCUCCCAUGUCCUAUAAAGCCUUCUGCAGCCAACCAUGCACAAGACUUAUGCCCAGAAGACCAUGUUCUGCAUCUCAGGUGACAGAUGUUCCUCCUCUGGUUCCCUUCGUAUCAUCUCACCAUUCUGCAAACUAUAGAAUGAUCAUUAGGGAAGCACCAACAAUACAUCCCACAUGCUACAAUGGUGAGAAGAGAAAAGAGAAAAGGAAGUGAGAUAAAUUUAUACAGCAUAAUUAAAACAGAAAUUCCAACAGAUGCCACGCUGAAGAUGCUCAUCUCUGUGGUUGUCACCAUGCCAUAGCUGCAUUCAUGGCCUGUGUCCUCCACACAUGCUCCGUGUUCCCCAACUCUGCCUUCUUCCAAAGCUUAUCACCAAUUAGGUGGGGUGAAGACGGACACUGGGGCCACCUAGGCCCACUCAUGUUAAGCAGCAGCCUCCCUAUGUCCUCUCAUUAGAGUCACCAUCACCAAGCCGCCUGCAUGUUCUUUUAACCCAGUGACAAAGAAGCUCAGAAUGGUCAGGUGCAUCUCUUGCUCCCAGCACCCUGAUAAGAUCAUUUUGUUCUCCAGUAGAAACCUUCCUUCAUUUGGCUAGUAUGAUCUCUAACUCAGGAAAGCAGGAUCUACCAGGGCCAAGAAGCAAAAUUGUUGAGAAUGAUUCAUUGGCUGUAAUCAUAAGGGUUGUUACCUCAGUUUUACCCUUCAGGCUCCCAUCCUGUGGGUUCUGGUUUGAGGAAUGGCACCAUUCUCUGGCUAUGGGUAAGGCUGUAUUGGUAAGAAAACCCUGCAAUCUUGCAGCAGCAUCUCCCACUGUGGUCCUGAAUGAUGCCCAAUAAAUCAUCCCAGUGUCCCACAGGGCAGCCUUGUUUGAGUAAUAGCAUAAAUGUCAACCCCAGUGAAAUUCAUGAGACCUACCCCUGGUCUUAUGUCUUCAGAUGUUAAGCCAGUUCCUUGACCCAAAACAGUGAUAUGUGGUGCUAUGGUUUGUGUGUCCCUCAGGGCUUUCUGUGCUGGAGUUUAAUCUCCACUGUGGGGGAUUACAAGGGUGGAAGCUUAAUCUCAUGUGUUUAGAGGCAGGGCCUUAGGAUUAGAGACGGUGUGCUCUAUUUGGCAGCAUAUAUACUAAAAUUGGAAGGAUUAGAGAGGGUCACGAGAGUAGAGCCCCAUAGUUGGACUCUGGUGACUUUAUGAGAAGAGAGAACAAGACCACACAGAUGUAUACUCAUAUCCCCUGUCAUUUAGCAUGCAAUGCCCUGCCCAGCCUCAGGACUCUGCCAGCAAGGAUGCCUUCACCAGAUGUGACCCUGGUCCUUACAUCUGCCAUAUAAACCUUGUUUCUUCAGAAGUAUCUUGCUUCAAGUAUUUCAUUAUAGUAAUUAUUCAUGGGCUAAUAUAGGAAAUCAGUACUGAGAGCAGGACCAAUACUAUACUGUACCUACAAGUGUGGAAAUGACUUUGGAAUUGGGUGGCUGGCAGUGGAAAGAAGGGUUUGGAGGGGCCAGCCAGGAAAUCCUUGAGUGCUGCAUGUAGUCCCUAUGGGCGUUCUGAAGACAGCUCAGGGGAAAUUAGGAAAUAAGGGCAAAGCUAGGUUGGUUUAGAGAAUGUCAGACAUAUGCUGAGGGACGUGUGGACAGAUAAGUUUUCAAAUGGAAAUAAGGGCUCUGUUGGAAAUUGGAUUUAAGGCUGCUUUUGAUACAUUGCAGCUAAGACCUUGGGUGCAUUAUGUCCAUGCCCUGAGACUUGGUGGAAGGCGGAGUUUAAGGAUGAAUUAAACAGGAUGUGGUGGGGCCCGCCUAUAAUCUCAGACCUCAGGAGGCUAAGGAUUCUUGCUCCAGGAGGAUCUAUGAGUUUAAAGCCAACCUGAACUACAUAAUGAGACAAGAGAGAGAGAGAGAGAGAGAGAGAGAGAGAGAGAGAGAGAGAGAGACAGAGAGAGACAGAGACAGACAGAGACAGACAGAGACAGAGAGAGAGACAGAGAGAGACAGAGACAGAAAGAGACAGACAGAGAGAGAGAAGAACAAGGAAAUAAAGAAAAAAGAAUGAUGGGCUAAACCAACUGUAGAGGCACACACCUGUAAUCUCAGGCCCUCAGGAGGCUGAGGCAGGAGGACUGCAAAUUGAAAGCGAGCCUGUGCUACAUUGUGAAACUCCAUCUCAAAGAAAGCAAAUACAUAAAUAAAAGAAUCAUAUGAACUUUAUUUGUUGAAAUAGAUUUCAAUAUGAUAAAGCAUUCAGGGGUGGGAUGGGUGUUACUGUCUGCUUUCAGUCAGUUACAGGGAGAUUCAGGAGUGAAAGGAAGAGGAGCAGAGAGACUUGGAAAAUUCCUAGCCUGAGCAUAAAGAUCAAGGAAAACUGAGUAUAAGAAUACAAAACAGAACUCACUUACUGAAAAUAAUAUUGCACAUCAAAGGGAAACAUGCUUUGCAUCAGAAUAGUUGGAAAAAGUCUUCCAGUUAUCUCAGAAAUCUUGGUGAAAACUCUGCUCUGGGGUGUCUGGUCAGUGGAGGGAUCUCUAAGUCACCUGUGUAUAGGGACAGACAUCUUCCAGACACGGUCAAAUUGCAUUCCAGAUACUGGUCUCAAAUGAUGCGGUCACCAACUCCGCAUGGGAACUCUGCUUUGCAAACAUCCUUUUCCAUGCAUCUAAACAUUAUGCUAGUCUGGUAGGGGCCAGACGGCACUGCCUCCCAUUUCUCCGCUGAUGGAUCAGGUUUUUAUAUCUCUAAUUUCUACUCUGUGAGACACCUAUCUAUGCCUCUUGCCCAUUGCUGGAUGGUGUAAUGCACCCCUUCUUGCUGAGGUAUGGGGGAGAUCUUAUGUAUUGCUUGUUAGAGAUCAUGUGUUGUUUACUCGUGUGGUAAAUGUCUGUGGCUUGGCUUCUGCUCUCCUUAUGAUCACUUUUGGUGAACAGAUAUCUUCUGUUUUCUGUCUCUUUGUGACAGUUUGGUACAGAAAAGCAAUGGAAGAAUUGCUUGAUGGUUAAUUCUAAGUGUCGCCUUGGCCAGGGCACAGCUGUUUGUCCAACACCAGUCUAAACGUUUCUAUGAGGAUGUUUUCCCAUGUGCUAGGCAUUUGAGUCAGUAAGCUGGGAGCAGAGCAUCUCAUGGAAGGAGGAAUUCAGCCUUGAGACUGAUGCAGAACUCUGUGUUUCGUCUGCCGGUCUGACCUGUAGGGGUCAGGCUCAAAUAAAUCUGGGUUUGUGUGUAGAAAUGCAUGUGUAAGAUGCAGGAUAUUAGUUCUGUUUCUUUGGGGAACCCUAAUAGGCCCGUCACCUACAUAAGAGCGGUGGCAGGUAUUUGCCUCGAUCUGUGCCCUGUGGAGGCUCUAACGUGAAGGCAUCAUCCAGAAAGCCACUUCCUGUUCUUUGCAUAGGCUGCAAAACUACACUGACUCCCGUCUCUCUACCCUUUUUUGCAUCCCGCUGGAAGCCAGCUGCCAUAUUGAGGGCAGCCCUGUAGGGAUUCCAGGCAGCCACCAGCUGGAGGGAAAGUGAGGCCCUCUCAGGAGCUGAAACAUCCCCAGUCACUAAGAGCGCACAGAAGUGGGUCCUGCAGGUGAGCAUACCGCCCUGGCCACUGAGAGUGGCCUCAAAAGAAAACUUGGGCCAGAAGAUUCACCACUAAGCUGUGCUCCAAUUUUUGCCUCAAAGAAACUUUGAGACAGCAGAUGCUUUCUGUUUUUUUCCAGUGCAGCUGAGCUUAUAGAUUUAAUAAAACUACCAAAGACAAAAUAUGCUUUUAAAAGCUACAGUUUUUAGCCAAGCAUGGUGGCUCACAUCUGUAAUGCCAGCACUUGGGAGGCUGAGACAGAAGGAUUACCCAAGAAUCUGAGGCCAGCCUGAAUUACACAGGAAACAGUGUCUCAAAAAUAAAAAAUAAAAUAAACAUGUAGAAAUCUAUAGUUUUUAAUCAAUAUAUCAAAAAUCAUUUUAAAACACAAUUUUGGUACCAAACCUUAACAAUUUGAGACCACUAUUUACAAAAUCUCUAAAUGUAAUUACAGAACUGAAAAAGAUAAAACUAUAAUUGUAAAACUAAAAAAGAUAAAGAAAUGAGACAAGUUUAUUUUUAACAUGACCAUUAAAAAGAGCCAAGCAAUGAAGCAAUUAAGACAUACCAGCACGUGAAUGAGCAGUGAAUGAUAGGUAACAGGGAAUUUUCUGGAAAAGUGCAAAUGGCUAAUAAACAUGGAGAGGUGCCCAGCUUGAAUAUGGAGGGGAAGAAGCAAAUGUAAAGUGAGCUGUUACCUUCUGGGCUAGUUCGUGACACAGCCGUCUGAAGAGGCACAAGAUGUUGCAAAGAAUCAUGCAGCAAGCAGGCCUGGGUACACCCUGUGCCAGGCUCCCCCGGGGCUGAUGCAUGCAUAACCACAGAGUCAACACCCACGAGAACCCACAGCGUAGCUCUGCAUCCCACAGCUGGUCACAGGCUCACCUGCACCUCUGUGUGUGCACCCCUGUGAGUGAGACUCGUGCAACGUCAUUGUGCAGGUUACUUUAUGAGACCGCCACCAGAGUCAGCCCCCACCGCCAUCUCCCUCCUGCUGCCACGCCCUCUUUGAUGGAUAAUCUUGCUUACCAGUUUGGCUGGGUUGAGAGACAGUUAGAAGAUAAGUAACGUGGAUGUCUGGGUGUGUCCCUGUGGGUGGUGGGGUGGAGAUUUGGGGACUGUGUGUGGCCCCUGGCCUCUUCUUCUCUGCCUCUUCUCCUGUUCUCUGCAGUCCAGAGGCCAUGAGGAAGGCAACCUUCCUCUGCCCUACCCUUCCUGUGUGAAGCUUCUGCCUCACCCAGGGCUAAAUCAAUGUAGACAGCUAUGAAUUAAAACCUAGCUGGGCUUGGUAGUACACAUCUAUAAGCUCAGCACUUGGGAGGCUGAGGCAAGGGGAUGCCCACAGGGUCUAGGCCAGUCUGAACCACAUAACAAAACUGUGUCUCAGAAAACAACAACAAAAAUCUCUGAAACCAUGAGCCAAAAUGGAUCUUUUUUCCUGUAAAUUUCCUCCACUCAGGCCUAGGGAUUGAACCCAAGGUUUUCACAGAGCUAUAUCUCUGACUUUUACAUUUUUAUUUUACUUUAUUUCAUAACAAAGUCUUGCUAAAUUGCUAACUUGUCCAGACUGGGUUUGAACUUGCAAUCUGCCUGCCUCAGUUUCCUAGAGUGCUGGAAUUAUAGGACGCAGUACCAAACCAGGUUCUUAAGUUGUUUGUUUGAAGUAUUUGUCAUGGUAACAGACAUCUGGUUAACACACCCAUAAACCUCCCCAGCAAUCCACAGCCCUGAAAACCACUAAUCUGUUCUCCAUCUCCAUAGCAAUGUCAUUCCAGGAACAUUAUGAUUACAUGACCUUCGGGGCUGACCUUUGUCACUCAGCAUAAUUCUUUUGAGAUCUGCUUAUGCCCUGGUGUGUAAUGAUACUCUUUUCCUCUCUACUUCAGACUGAUGGUUUACGGUGGGGAGGGGGGAGCACAAAUUUGUUUAACCAUCUGUUUUUAAGGCACAUUUUGAUUGAUUCCAGUUUGGGGCUAUUAUAAAGAAAGUAUCCAUGACUGUCCAUGUCCAUUUUUAUGAGUGGACAUGGAUUUUCUUUGCUUUUGAACAGAUGCCUUAGUGUGCAACUGCAGUUCACAUAGUACUUAAGUCUUUAUGUUCCUAAGAAACUGCCAAUUUGCUUAUGUCUAUAAUCUUAGUACUUGGGAAGCAGAGGCAGGAAGAUCACAAGUUUGAGGCUAACCUGGGCUGCAUAAAAAAAGGCCCUCUUUCAAAACUCAAAAAGAACAAAGAAGAAAGAAAGAAAGAGGCAGACAGGAAGAAAGGAAGGAGGGAAGAAAUGAAGGAAGAAAAGAAGAAAGAAAGAAAGAAAGAAAGAAAGAAAGAAAGAAAGAAAGAAA